ACCGGAUGAGGUCAAAGAAGUAAUUUCAAGCCGAUCAACAUGGAAUCAUCUGUCGCUAUGUUUUUGUUUACAUUUAUGACCCACGUAUUUUUACUUUUGGUCACGGCGGAUAGCAACGUCAUGGGUACACUCGGUGCAUGCUACAAACCCAUCAGAGACGGCAGACCUACAUCGGUAAAAACCUAUCCCCGACCUCAUGAGUACGUGAAUGUGUCAGAGUUGCCUGCAGUCUGGGACUGGAGGAACGUGGACGGGACAAACUACGUGAGCAUCACGCGCAACCAACACAUUCCACAGUACUGCGGCUCGUGCUGGGCCAUGGGCUCAACCAGCGCGCUCGCGGACCGGAUCAACAUAAAGCGUGGCGGUAGCUGGCCGUCUGCCUACCUGUCUGUCCAGAACGUGAUUGAUUGUGGCCACGCGGGUUCGUGUUACGGAGGAGAUCACACCGGAGUGUACCGUUAUGCCCACCUGGCGGGAAUCCCGGACGAGACCUGCAACAACUACCAGGCCAAAAACCAAAAGUGUGAGCAGUUCAACCAGUGUGGAACGUGUUCCUCUGACUCCUGUGCUGUGGUGCAGAACUACACCCUGUGGAAGGUUGGGGACUAUGGAGAGGUGUCUGGUCGAGACAAGAUGAAGGCGGAGAUAUACACCAAUGGGCCAAUCAGCUGUGGUGUGAUGGCCACCAAGGGUCUGGAGGAGUACAGUGGGGGCGUGUUUGCAGAGUUCCACCCCAUCUCCCUAAUGAACCACAUCGUCUCAGUGGCCGGCUGGGGGCUGACCGGGGACGGGACGGAGUACUGGGUGGUUCGCAACUCCUGGGGGGAGCCGUGGGGGGAGUAUGGCUGGGCAAGGAUCGUCACCAGUGCUUAUAAAGGAGGGAAGGGUCACUGGUAUAACCUGGCCAUUGAGCAGAGCUGUGCCUAUGGAGACCCCGUCGUGACGUAGAGCAGCGUCUCCAAACCUUCUCCACUGUCACCAAACCCUCUCCACUGUCACCAAACCCUCUCCACUGUCACCAAACCCUCUCCACUGUCACCAAACCCUCUCCACUGUCACCAAACCCUCUCCACUGGGUCACCAAACCCUCUCCACUGGGUCACCAAACCCUCUCCACUGGGUCACCAAACCCUCUCCACUGUCACCAAACCCUCUCCACUGGGUCACCAAACCCUCUCCACUGGGUCACCAAACCCUCUCCACUGUCACCAAACCCUCUCCACUGUCACCAAACCCUCUCCACUGGGUCACCAAACCCUCUCCACUGUCACCAAACCCUCUCCACUGUCACCAAACCUUCUCCACUGUCACCAAACCCUCUCCACUGUCACCAAACCCUCUCCACUGUCACCAAACCCUCUCCACUGGGUCACCAAACCCUCUCCACUGGGUCACCAAACCCUCUCCACUGUCACCAAACCCUCUCCACUGUCACCAAACCUUCUCCACUGUGUCACCAAACCCUCUCCACUGGGUCACCAAACCCUCUCCACUGUCACCAAACCCUCUCCACUGUCACCAAACCCUCUCCACUGUCACCAAACCCUCUCCACUGUCACCAAACCCUUUCCACUGUCACCAAACCCUCUCCACUGGGUCACCAAACCCUCUCCACUGUCACCAAACCCUCUCCACUGUCACCAAACCCUCUCCACUGUCACCAAACCCUUUCCACUGUCACCAAACCCUCUCCACUGUCACCAAACCCUCUCCACUGUCACCAAACCCUCUCCACUGUCACCAAACCCUCUCCACUGUCACCAAACUCUCUCCACUGUGUCACCAAACCCUCUCCUCUCCACAUUCUGUAAUGACCUACAGUUGAAUAUGAAUCCCAUAAGAAAUAAGAGACGUUUUAC